AUGGACAACGAGGUCCCCCUUCCCCCACCGCGGCGGAUUCGACACCGUUCGCCAUCCCGCCUCUCACCCGCAGGCUCGGUCGCAUCGUCCUUCCGCAGGUCGCGCCGGCUGUCGCGCUUCGACGAUCGCUCCAGCCAGCCCUCGAGUGACCCGGCGCUGUUCUCGAGCGAUGACAUUCCCGCUUCUGGGCUGGAGAACUACCAUGCGCCGGUAGCGGGCGCUGGGCGAAAGCGUCGGUACCGUGGGACUUGGUGGGGAGAACAGGUGUCGGAUCCCAAACGGAAGCGGGCUGAUUUCAAGGAGAAGCGUCACGUUGAUAGUGGCGUUUGGAUGGGGAGUGAUGAAUCUAUUGCGGAGUCUUCUUUGCCGUCGGAAGAUGCGUCGAAUUGGGGAGAGGAUCUCCUGAAGACGGUGCUUGAUCCUCGAGCGCCGAGUAAAGUUUCCAAUGCGCCGUUGCUUGUUAAACCGUCUGAUAUACAGUCCGCUUCAAUGCAGCCUCGUCCCAUUAUUUUACAAGGCCCUGUCGAGUCGGAGGAACACAAGUAUGUGAAAGCUGUGAUCAAUGAUUGUCUGGAGAAGGGCGAUGAUAGCGUUGAUCUUGGAAACAUUAAUAUGAGGAGUAUUCCUCCAGGUCUAUUACGACCACUGCACCAUCUGACCAAGCUACCUUCUUUGCACGAGGCACCCGUAUCUGAAAACGCCUACUCAUCGCUACAACCAUUCCUCCGAAUCUAUCUCUCCAACAAUUCCCUCAAUACACUAUAUACUAGUGAGAUCUUCGAUCUGAAAGAUCUCAAGGUUCUCAGCUUGCGGAAUAACAAGCUCACACGGAUCCCAGAGGCGAUUCGCAAAUUGACUGCACUGCAAGUUCUCAAUGUCUCCGUGAAUCGACUUGAUGAACUACCCUGGGAUCUUCUAUGGCUGUUGCAGCAAGGAGAGUUGAAGCACUUUACCGCCCAUCCGAAUCCAUUCCCGUCAAUCGACGAAUCUGGACUGGUGGAUUGGCACUGCCAAUUUGACAAGCCCAAUGAUGCUAAAGAUGAGGAUGAGGUUGAAGAAGACACUCCGGAAACUACUCCCAUUCCCAAAUUCCGCGACUACGAAGGUGUCCCUCCUGAUGAUGCAUGGACACCUAUCCACGUCGCAACGGGACCAGUGAGCCGCUUGGACAUGGAAGGACGACCCCUCGAGUGGAAUCCAUCACUCAACGCAGUCUCCACAACAUACCCAUCAUCCAGAGCCCCUUCACUCCGUGAGGUCUCUCUCCGCGCGAUCUCCAAGCUCCCCGGCAUCGAACAACUCACCGAUCUCGAACUUAUGGAGUUCCCCGCACUCGUGAUCCCCUUGAUCUCUCUUGCGCGACAGGCCCGACAGGAAGGAGCACAGCACUGCUCAAUCUGUCAGCGGGAAUUCAUAGUUCCUCGUGCCAAGUGGACCGAGUGGUGGGACUGCACCCCACAUGAGAACGGUAUGAAGAGGCCUCGGGUUUCGGGGGAGCAGCUCCGGCCUCUGCCUUUCAAGCGGGUUAGCUGCAGCUGGGCUUGUGUGCCUGGUGUGCAGUCUGUAGAAUAG